AUGGCUACCGAGCUCAUACUUCUGACUGGAGGCACAGGUCAUGUUGGUUAUCGUACGCUGAUCGAGGCCCUUUCCAAAGGCUACCGAGUGCGGGCUGCGGUUCGAUCUGAAAGCAAGGUUGCUGAGAUCAAGGCUGCCAAAUCCACCCAGCAGUACCUCGAUAAGCUUUCGUUUGUCAUAGUCCCCAACAUCGAGAAGGACAGUGUCUUUGAUGAAGCCGUCAAGGGUGUGGACUACAUUGUCCACAUCGCAUCACCUCUGGCACGACCUUCUGAUGACGACGAGGCCAAUAUCAUUCAACCUGCUAUCAGGGGCACGCUGAGCAUCCUCCGCUCGGCUCUCAAAGAGCCCUCGAUCAAACGAGUCGUUAUCACCUCCUCUGUUGCGGCUGUCUCUCCACCCGAGCCGCGAGUGUAUACCGCUGACAACGUUGAACCGGAUCCCCGUGGGCCAUAUCCUCACACUUUCGCGGCAUAUGCGGCGAGCAAGAAGCUCGCCUACAACCGCACCAGAGACUUCAUAGCCCAAGAAAAUCCCCAUUUUCGCGUGAUCAAUGUCAUGCCGACCUUUGUCAUUGGCAAGAACGAGCUUGCAACCACUCCAGCAGCCGUGAACUCUGGUUCAAAUGCGCUUGCCUUUACUCCGCUGUUGGGAAUGCACAAUCUCAAUGGAAUGCCAGCAGCCACUUGCCAUGUUGACGAUGUCGCCUACGUCCAUAUUGCGUCCUUGGAUCCUAAAAUUCAAGGAAACCAAAACUUUGGGGUUAACUACGACGUGAACGGCAUCAAAUGGGAUGAUACCAUCGACAUCGUCAAGAACCAUUUUCCUACAGCUGUGGAGAAAGGUGUGUUUCCUCUUGGUGGCAGUCAGACCUCACUGCCGAUGCCAUUUGACGCGAGUAAGACCGAGAACAUCCUUGGCAUCAAGUUCAAGGAUUUCGAGGAGCAGGUUGUGAGCCUGGCUGGCCAUUACAUCGAGGUAGUUGCAAAGGCUUAA